CCUCGAGGGCCGCUCGCCUGGGUCACUCACCCCUGGUCCGCCCGCCCGCCGCCAUGGACACGCGAGGGAUCCUGAAGGAGGAGGUCACGGGUGACCCAGAGGACCUCCCUGGGGCAGCACCGACCACCGCCUUCGCUGGGUCAGUCCAGACCACCGCCUUCCCUGAGCCAGACCGAGUCACCACCUUCCUCUCGGGCAUGGCUCCGCUCCAGAUGUACGAGCCAAACCCAAAGCGUCCCAGUGGAAAGAACCGCUUCUUCGCAGCUGUCACUCUCUACCUCGUCCUGCUGACGGCAGGCCUGGGAUUACUGCUGGCCCAAGUUUUACACUUGCAGGAGAAAAUGACAGUCCAGCAAGAGUGGUCCAGGGCUGUGGAAGAAUCCCUGUUCCCCAAUGCUUCCCACCUCUCCGGGCAGGACCUCGGCCCUCUCCCCACGGGAAGGAGUCCCUCCUUCUCCUACUUGCUUUCCCAUUACAACCCCCCAUCUCCCACCUUUGCGGGAGAGAGGGCGAGGCUCCAGACCCUAGAGAAGGAAGUCCAAGACAUCUGGACCAGUCACGGAGACCUGAUGCAAGCCUUGGACAAUCUCACCCUGGUCCCAGGUCCUCAGGGGCCCUCGGGAGCACCAGGCCCAACAGGUCCUCGAGGAGAUAAUGGAGCCCCUGGAAAGGAUGGAAAUCCAGGACGACCAGGACAACCUGGACAGACCGGGCCACGUGGGAUCCAGGGCCCGGCCGGCCUCAGGGGGGAUCCAGGAGUCCAAGGCCCGAAAGGAGCCCCAGGAGCCACCGGUCUUUCUGGGGCCCAUGGGGCCCCCGGACUUCAGGGGGCCAACGGGAUCCCGGGUGACAAAGGACAGAAAGGGGAACCAGGCCUGGACGCAUCUAGAGGGCUGCAGGGACCAAAGGGAGACAAGGGGGAUCCCGGAUUUAGAGGUUAUCCAGGAAACCCGGGCCUCAAGGGGGCCAGUGGAAACCAAGGUCUGAAGGGCCAGAAAGGUGACCUGGGUGAGAAAGGAAGCCAGGGGCCAACUGGGCCUGCAGGACCCCCAGGGCAGCCCGGGAUCAAGGGGGCCACUGGAGCCCCAGGGUCCUCGGGGUAUAGCGUGCGGAUCGCGGGCGGAGGCCGGCGGGGCCGCGCGGAGAUCGAGUACCAGGGCAUCUGGGGGACCAUCUGCGACGACGACUGGGAGGCCGUGGACGCCAGGGUCUUCUGUCGCAUGCUGGGCUACAGCACCGGAUCCGCCGGCGUCCCCAGUCCGGGCACGGGCCGCAUCUGGCUGGACAACGUGCAGUGCAGGGGCACCGAGACCACCAUCUUCGAGUGUCCCAAGCAGCCCUGGGGAGACCACAACUGCAACCACAACGAGGACGCCGCCGUCAGCUGCUCCUGACGCACCCCCCGCCCCCCGGCCUCGCCCCCCGCCCC